AUGUCUCAAUCAAACACAUUCAAGUCACCCGCAUCUUCCUCCUCCUCCUCGUCAUCGUCCUCCUCAUCGACCAACUCAGCAGAGCGCAUGAAUGAAGACAGCUCGCUCGACCAACACCGUCGGACCCGCUCGCAGGCCCACUUCUUCUACACCCGCGAGGCCCUUCUUCAGCUGCGUCCCGCCGCCUCCAGACUCGCUGAUGGCCAGCAUCCCUUCGGCGGGAACAACCAUUCGAGCAUCCCUGCCGGCCUGUUUGUCCGUCAUGCCUGA